CCUGUUCUUCCUUUCAUGGUCGAGAACAGUGUGGGGAAAGAUAUUUCCGCGGGUAGCGGGUUCCGCUUGGGCCAUGCAGACCACAUGGAAGCGGAGCCCGAUUCGCGAUCAACGACUUAUAAAGCCUGGGCCAUAUGCUGAGUGCACUUUUUCCACAAAAGCACCCAGUGUUUCAGCCUAAAAAACACAUCUUGUUCGAGUCAUCCCGAUGUUGAGAUUUGCUUCCAAAUCGGCGCAAGCCGGCCUCAGGAGAAGUGCCAGAUACGUCUCCACACUCACGCUCAAUUCGUCUGCUCUGAGCUACCCCACAAAACACGUGGAACAAGGCACGGAGCCCUACUUGACACCAUCGUUCCACAAUGGGCAGCUUGUGAAAUCCACGUCCAAAACGUGGUUUGAAAUCCACGACCCCGCCACGAACCAGGUAAUUUCCAAGGUGCCCCAGUCAACGGCCCAGGAGUUGGAGGACGCCGUGGCUUCUGCCGAGAAGGCAUUCCACACUUGGAAACAGUACUCGAUCAUCAAGAGACAGGGAAUCGCGUUCAAGUUCGUCGAGUUGUUGAAGAAGAACCACGACCGCAUUGCCGCCAUGAUUGUGUUGGAGCAAGGCAAGACGUUUGCCGACGCCAAAGGAGAUGUUUUGCGAGGUUUGCAGGUGGCCGAGGCUGCGUGCAACGCCCCCAAUGAUCUCAUGGCGUCUUCCUUGGAGGUUGCUUCCGACAUGGAGACCAAAAUGGUGCGCGAGCCGCUCGGGGUCGUGGGCUCCAUCUGCCCAUUCAACUUUCCGGCAAUGGUGCCCUUGUGGAGCUUACCCCUUAUAUUGGUGACCGGCAACACGUGUGUUCUCAAGCCCUCGGAACGAGUGCCUGGCGCGGCCAUGAUAAUUGCUGAAUUGGCUGCUGAGGCGGGCGUUCCCCCAGGCGUCUUGAACAUUGUGCACGGGAAGCACGCCACUGUGAACAAGAUUCUUGAGGACCCCCGCAUCAAGGCCAUCACGUUCGUCGGCGGCGACAAGGCGGGCAAGUACAUCCACGAAAAAGGCACCUCUUUGGGGAAGAGAGUGCAGGCCAACUUGGGCGCCAAGAACCACUUGAUUGUGUUGCCCGACGCAGACAAAAGCCACUUUAUCAAUGCCUUGAACGGCGCUGCUUUCGGUGCUGCAGGUCAGCGUUGUAUGGCCAUAUCUGUCCUAGUCACAGUGGGCGAAAAAACAAAGAAAUGGGUCGAAGAGGUCGCGUCGGAUGCCGCCAAAUUGAGAGUUGGGUCUGGUUUCGACUCCUCCUCGGACUUUGGGCCCUUGAUCAACCCUGAAUCGUUGACCAGAGCCACGGAGAUCAUCAGGGAUUCCGAAAAGGACGGAGCCACCGUUUUGCUCGAUGGAAGAAACUUCAAACCGGAGGACGCCAAGUUUUCCAAGGGCAACUUCUUGGGCCCCACCAUCUUGACUGGCGUCAGGCCAGGAAUGAGGGCCUACGACGAGGAGAUUUUCGCGCCUGUCUUGGCAGUGGUGAAUGUCGAGACCUUCGACGAGGCCAUCGAGUUGGUGAACUCAAAUCGCUACGGCAACGGAGUUGCUUUGUUCACACAGUCCGGCGCCGCUGCUCAGAAGUUUACCAAGAAUAUCGCGUGCGGCCAAGUGGGAGUCAACGUGCCCAUCCCCGUGCCAUUGCCAAUGUUUUCUUUCACGGGUAACAAGGGCUCGUUUCUCGGCGAUUUGAACUUCUACGGGAAGGCCGGGGUCACCUUCUUGACGCAGCCAAAGACCAUCACGUCCUACUGGAAGACCAGCAAUGUGGAUGAGGUCUUGAAACCCUCCACAUCAAUGCCCAUUCAGAAUUGAGCCACGUAGAGUCCAUCCUGUUUUUGGUUUAUAGGCUUCUCAAAUUGCAUUCACACGAAGAAGAUGAAACGACGCAUGGCGCGUGAAUACUAUAAUCAGGUGCGGCGGCCGGGCGGAGGAAUAGCCUAA